AUGGUUGUUUCCCAACAUCUGUUUACUGAUGGUCCUCUGUUUUCGGAUCCCACGCUUUACAAAACUCUCGUUGGUGCCCUCCAAUAUUCGACUAUCACAUGUUCUGAUAUUGCUCAUGCCGUUAACUCUGUCAGUCAGUUUCUACAUGCCCCGACUGAAGACCAUUUUCUAGCUAUCAAACGCAUUUUUCACUAUGUUAAGGACACGCUGCAUUUUGGCCUCACUUUUCAUCCAUCUAUUGUUUCUGGUGCUUUAGUUGCUUACUCGAAUGCCAACUGGGCAGGUUGUCCAGAUACUCGUCGUUUUACCUCUGGAUAUUCUAUUUAUCUUAGUGACAAUUUGGUUUCUUGA